CAGACAGGAGUCAAAUUACUCGUUAAGAGGCUCCACGUGUUGCCUUUGAAUCAUUUCUCGGCUUUCUGCUCUCCAGCACCACGUUGCGAUGCCGCAUGGAGGGAAUGUGUUUAAUUUUCUGUCUUUUUACCUUCGGAGGAUCAUUUCAGAAAGGUCUAGCAGCUGUGAUCCAAACCCAGCAGACGGUGUUAGCAGCACUAGGAGAAGAUGCUCCUCUCAGCUGUCAGCUGCUGGAAACUAAAGACGUCCAGCAGGUCACCUGGCAGAAGGUCUUGGAGAAAACAGAGAGGAAUAUUGGUUCCUACAGCGAGUAUUAUGGURAAAYAGUGAAUSMUGGAUUUAAAGAUAAAGUUCAGUUUACAGAAGCUGGACUGCAGAAGAACUCUAUAGUUAUCAGGAAYGUUACAGAGSAGGAUGCAGGAUGUUAUCUCUGYCUGUUCAACACCUACCCUGAUGGAGCUCUGACAGSWRSAACMUGCCUGAAAGUUUAUGAGCUUCAUGGUCCCUUCAUUGAUGUCAGCAGAUCAAACUCUCCUCCAGGGUCGGUUGUGACCUGUUCAGCCACAGGUCAAUCUGCUCCCAUGGUAACACUGACUGUUCUCCAUCAGAAUCUCAGCUUCUCSCACUACAACACCAGCAGAGAGAUCAACACUAACGGUACCGUCACCRUCACCACUACAGCUCUGCUCUCAGCUCUCAGCAGCACACAGGUUGGAUGUUCAGUAUCAGUGGACUCUGCUGCUCUCAGAGAGCUGAUGGUCACUGUUCCUGAGUUCAAAUAUUCAUCUGAUGAUGAGUUASAGAAACAAUCUAGUUUACAUGCUAAUGAGAGUCAGGAGUCUAAAGAUCUGAAAAUCCUCUUGAUCCUUGGAGUUGUUGCUGUUAUAGUUUUGACUUGUGGUGUUGCAAUCAUCGCCCUCUGGAGACGUAAAAAUCUCAAAAACAGAGACGAUGAGAAUAACAAAACACCACUAAGACCAGAACCAAUGGGCAGGAUCAAAACACCUUUAAUGGCGAUAAAGAAUGAGAUUAGACAGAGAUCAACUACAAAGAAAAGUUCAGAAAGCAACAACCUUAAAGCAUCUCCUUCAGUGGCAAAAAGACUGUUUGAUGAAGUCCAACCUGACAGACUGACAUGAGUUUAAGAUCCAGUUGAUCAUUUAAAAUGCUUGAAAAGUGAAAGGAUCACUCUUAAAGAUACAUUUUGCUUGAUAAACUAAACACUAAUGCUUUAAGAUGUGUGUUAAACUGUUCUCUACUUUCUCCUUAUACUACCAUAAUGACCUAAUGUUUGAUAAAAAAGUUUUUGUAAUCCAAAAAGGCAGAAAUACAUUUUAUAUCUUUAGCUACACUGUAGCCUAUUAAGCUUAGUAUGAAUACUUGUCACACUUUUUAUAUUUUGUAUUAGCAAAAAUAUUUUGAAAGCCAUG